GCGCUCUGCUCUGCCUUUCUACCAGGACAACGCCGGAGGAGACCCACAGUGCCUCACAGCCGCGCACUGCAGAGGAGAGAGAGGGGGAGAGAGAGAGCGAGAGAGAGAGAGAGAGAGAGAGAGAGAGAGAGAGAGAGAGAGAGCGAGCGGGACUCACACAGCACCGGGGGAAUAUGUCACGCACCGUGGGACGCUUCAACCAGCGGCGCAACGCGGUCCAUGCAUACCCACUGCCUCUGCUUUAGUCCACUUGUCUCUGCCACCGCCGCCACCACCUCCGCUGCUUCUGGUCCAUCCCCGUCCCCCCUCCUCCUCACUCUGUCCACCCCUCCUCCUCCUCCUCCUCCUCCUCCGCCUCCUCCUCUGGCUCUUCAACCGUCCCGUCGCCAGGAUGGACAAGUCGCCCUGCUGUCCGCAUCCCGUGACCAACACGACCAACUCUUCCCCGUCGGACCGCGGGAACUCGUCAUCGACCAGGAAGCCAGGGAGGAGCGGGUCGCAUAGCCCCGGCUCCGGUUCCCUUGGCGGCCCGGCUGGUGGAGGAGGAGGAGGAGGAGGUGGAGGAGGAGGAGGAGGAGGAGGCAGCCGGGGAGCUGUGCUGGGGAACAGCAUGCAUUUGCAGCAGCCGCGUAAGAGGCAGCUGGAAGGAGUGCUGAGCAAAUACACCAACCUGAUCCAGGGCUGGCAGAACAGGUACUUUGUGUUGGAUCCAGAGCUGGGACAGCUGCAGUACUUUGUCAACGAGCACGGGAAGAGCCAGAAGCCCCGCGGGUCCCUGCCCCUGAUUGGUGCCUCGGUAACCCCAAGCGACGAGGCUCCGCACAUGUUCGUCGUGAACUCUGUCAAUGGAGAGCUGUACAAACUCAGAGCCUGCGACACCAAGGAGCAGCAGUUUUGGAUCAGUCAGCUCCAAGCGUGUGCCAGACGUCACUCUGACAGCAGUGCCAAGGUGAGGAAGCUAAAGGGCUCAGAUGAACACUUGAGUGUGGAAAGAGCAGGAGGAGGCCACGAGGUGCUGGGCUCCUCAUCCUCUGGUCGGACCCGUAGCUUCUCCCUCCUCCCCCACCUAACCCCAUCUUCAUCCCCGGGUCCUCAGAGGCACCUGAGCCACGCGGCCUCACCCGGCAACAUCGUCACCAUCACCCACCACAAAUCUCCGGCUGCAGCUCGGCGGGCCAAGAAUAUGUACCCGGGACGGCUGCUGGAGGUCAAAGAGGUGAUGUCCCAGGCAGAGGGCCAACAGAAGAACCUGGUCCAGUCCAUUGACUCGCUGCCCCCCAGAGGCCCUCUCUCCUGUCUGGACCAGGACCUGCUGCUGCUCAAAGCCACGUCGGCCGCCACACUCAGCUGCCUGGGAGAGUGCCUGAACAUCCUCCAACAGACCCAGAGCCACAGCCAGGCACCACCUCAGUCCAACGCCUCCCAGUGCAACUACGCCGCCCACGGAGCCCCCUCCGAUGGUGUUCCUGUGUGGACUGUACCAAAGUCGCCCUCAGGGGAGCAGUUGAAGAAUGGAGGUCUGACUCCUCUACAAUCAGCCGAGCCUUCGCCGGCCUUCAGGAAAAGGAGUCUGUCCCAUGGUGCUGAGCAGCACCAAGGGCUGGAAGACAUCAACCACACUGAAGAGGUGACAGACAUGGAGGAUAACGAAGAGGAGGACCUGGGUGUCCUGGACGACCAACGGAGCAUCAUUCUCCACCUGCUCUCCCAGCUCAAACUGGGCAUGGACCUCACACGGGUGGUGUUGCCUACCUUUAUUUUGGAGAAGCGAUCGCUACUGGAGAUGUACGCCAACUUCAUGGCCCAUCCUGACAUGUUCCUGUCAAUCACAGCGGGGGCCACAGCCGAAGACCGGAUAGUCCGUUUUGUCGAGUACUACCUGACCGCAUUCCACGAGGGUCGGAAAGGUGCCGUGGCCAAGAAGCCCUACAACCCCGUGCUGGGGGAGACCUUCCACUGUUCCUGGGAAGUGCCUCGGGACAAAGUCAAACCUUUGGUCAGGUCAAACCAAGGGUCCUCUUGGGAGCCGAGCAUUGGCUCCAACAACACGCAGCAGGGUGAUGAUUCACCAGGAGGCUGCUACCGAGUCCGAUUUGUGGCCGAGCAGGUGUCCCAUCAUCCACCAGUGUCAGGGUUUUACUGUGAGUGCCGGGAGAAGAGUAUGUGCGUCAACGCCCACGUAUGGACCAAGAGCAAGUUCAUGGGAAUGUCUAUAGGAGUGUCCAUGGUGGGAGAAGGGGUACUUUGUCUCUUAGAGCACGAUGAGGAGUAUGUCUUCACGUUGCCCUGUGCCUACGCCCGCUCCAUCCUCACAGUGCCCUGGGUAGAGCUGGGGGGCAAAGUCUCCAUCAACUGUGCCAAGAGCGGCUACUCUGCCACCGUCACCUUUCACACCAAGCCUUUCUAUGGAGGGAAGGUACACAGAGUGACGGCAGAGGUCAAACACAACCCGACCAACACCAUUGUGUGCAAAGCCCAGGGCGAGUGGAAUGGCACGCUGGAGUUCACGUACAGCAGCGGGGAAACCAAAGUGAUCGACACGGCCAAACUCCCCGUCACCAGGAAGAAGCUGCGGCCUGUGGAGAAACAGGGGAGGACAGAAUCCAGGAGAUUAUGGCAACACGUCACCAAGUCGCUGAAGGAAGGGAACAUCGACGAGGCCACGGAGCACAAACACCGACUGGAGGAGCGACAGAGAGGGGAGGAGAGGCAGAGAUCAGCGGAUAACAAACCCUGGACACCCAAAUACUUCACUAAAGAGGGAGACAGUUGGAUCUACAAUAUCCCACUGUCGAAGUCGACCUGACAGCAGAACAUCACUCUCUUCCGAUGGACAAUAACGGAGAUCCCUCCUCUCCACAAGCAAAGGGAGAAGAGUCCUCCAGAGACCUCCAGCCCUCAGAUACAGACUCACAACAGAGACACAAACAGGAAGUAAACAAGGUGCCAAAGCGAUCUCCACUGUUAUAACCAAGAUGGUGGUCGGAGCUCUGGGGACAGAAGUACAUUUUUAUAUACAGUUAUUAGUAUUACUAUUCAAAGUAGAGUAUUUCUAUUUUUCACCUUGCCAAGGCCUUUUUUGCACACGCACAGUAAUGAAGUUUGUCACUGGUGUUUGACUUUGUAUUUGUUUUGUUUUGUUUUUUUAAAUAAUCAAUAUGUUUUCUCAGACAUCGUCAAUGUUUGGUUCAAAGCUUUUAGUUUGUAAUACAGCGUUAGAAUGAAUCCAUACAAGUUCCCCGUCACAGAUGAAACUGUAGCUGUAAAUGAGUUGUUUAUAAAGCACUUUUACCAUAGAAAUAAAUUCUAUAAUCUAUAUUUAUGGCUUUUACUAAUCAGGGGGGGGUCUCUAAGAGCUUUAUAGGAAAUAAGAACACGUAACCAGAUUUAAAAUGAAAUAUAAAUCAAGAGUUAAACAAAUGUACUACAUUAGACUGUGUUCAUAUAUUAUUAUUAUUAUUCAGUACAUUACAGUGAUUUAAUAUAAAAGUAAAUGUCCUGAUUGUUUUGUCUGCACUAUGAAUGUAUUCUGGCACAUUUGAAUAUUAUGCUACUUUUCCAUCUUGUACUGUUACACGUGCUUUUUGUGUUUUAUUUUUAUUUUGCUAUUUCUCUCAAUUUAAAGUAUGACACCCACUGAGUGAUACGCCUCUACAUAUCAGACGCUUUCCAUUACUACCUCUCUUAUUCAGCUAUUCAAACCAUUAGUCACUUUUUUUUGUCGGAAAAAGAAAACACUGGUUUGUAAAUUGCAAAAUGCUCCUAGGUCCUGUUAUGUUUUUUGUAUCCUUGCCUCUAAGAUGGCACUUGUGCAAUUAGGCAGCCCGUGCCUCCCGAAGUUAAUACUUCACCUUUGGUUGCCCGUGGUGAUGAAUAUGGAUGAGGCGGCUCAGAGAAACACACUAUCAAGUUCUCCCAUCUGGAGUUUGCUGGAAGGUUUCCUAUGUGAAGAUGAGCGGAUAAUCUAGCAGAGAAUAGGAUAUGUAUUUGGGUCAUAUUACUGUGGUGCUCUAAUUUUCUCAUGUUUGACAAACUACGUGAUCAAUUUUCACACUGAAUAGCUUUUCCAAACAGAGUAAAGCAGAAAUUUAUAACAGGAAUUAACAGCAUAUCCACUUCACUUGUUCUUCCAUGACAAUUAUUUACUUUUUUUUUUUAAACAUAAACAUCUCACUGCUUGCUUUUAUUUGUUCAAAUUUAAAUAGUAUUAGUAUUUUAAAGCCAGGUGAGUUUACCAGAUGCCUAUUUGUAGCGUAUGUCAUGACGGUAUAAAAAACAAACCUGCAACCAUUUAGAAAUACUUUUUAAUUACACUCGCCUUACAUGAAACUAACAUUUUUUGAAUAUAUAUCCAAAAGAAUCCAGACUCACUAAAGUAGAGUGAUUGUUGGUGAAGGAGGGAUUGUCCAUUAAUAAAGACCUUCUAUCUUUUUUUAAUCAAA